GGGGGGGGGGGGGAAGCGAAGUGAUGAGAAGCAGGGAUUGAAGGAGAUUUAAGAAGGAGAGGAAGCGACGCAGCUCAAUUAAAAUAGGUCGAAUCUGCUCAUGCGACCCCUGAUCAUGACUCUUUCAUAUAUUCUGCACCGGGGCUUGCGUUGAACCGGCAGCCUGCGCACUAUUGACCGUAAUAGAAACCCCUCUCUUUUUUCUCUCGGCAAUGUCCUUAGCUUCCCCUCCACCGAAAGAGAAGCUACAAGCGCACGAGGCAAGUCCAACUGGGUCGAAAGAGCGAUAGUCUGGCUACGUGGGCAAUCAUGACGGGGGGGUGUGAAGCAGCGAGUGGAUUGACCGCCAACCUUUUCACGACGGUCGUCUUAUCGCGCGAGCCACCGGGGAAGACAAGCUGCUCUGCGUCCCGGAGGGAUCGGCCUGGUCAUCCGAGCUCUGAUCAGUCUUGUUGUCUCUCUGUCUUUCCUCGAGGUUGGUCGAAGGAGGGGUUGAAGGUUUUCCUGCAUGGUUUGCGAAAUGCACAGAGUGGGGAGGAAAGGUGCUCCCUCCAUCUGGCCUCUCGUCUGCGAUUUCCCUCCCCCUUUUCGAGGAUCAAUCAAAAGGAUAUUGCACCCUUCCUGCAUGUUCUCACGCGAGACAAGGAUUGGGAAAAGACCAACCAGAGGGCAGUUGGAGGGGGCUGGCGAGGGAAUGAUGAGUUGUUGCCCGAUGGAUCAUUUAAUCCCAGCCUUUCUUUUCGUUUUCGAGACCCAACGGCGGUCAACCCACGCUGGUCGGCGUCUGGGGCCUGCAGGGGUCCUAUUUCGGUCUGAUUUGGUCG